AUGGCUACCUCCAAUCUUCCUACCAGAACCAACACAACUCGGACUGAUUCUGGGGAGGAUGUGUUCGACGGAGAUCCGUCAAGCGCCGCCGGCCUCCUGAUCGAGCGCCUGCAGGCAUGGAAGCACAUGUGUGGAUACCUCGAGAACUACAUCUCGCACGUCGCGAAGGACGAACAAUCGAAAGCGAAAGAUCAGGAGAAGAUCCUCAAGACGCUUUCCGAUCCUCUAAAGGAGGCACAUCACUUCGACACCGCCAUCGGUGGCAUCGCCUCGCUUUUUGACAAUCUUCGCUCCAACACACAAGCUCAGAGCCAGCUGCACGCAGAGACCUCCAAGAAUCUGACCGGACAGGUUCUACCCAUUCUCGAGAGAUUACACGCCGAGAUCAAAAACAAGAACAAAGAACUCACCAGCGGUGCUGGCAAGGGAUCCAAAGCGGUCGAUCAUGCCCGUCAGGUUUCACAGAAGGCGAUCGAGCAGCUCGGCCACCACGCGGCCAGCUUCGAUUCUUCGGGCGGAAAGGUCUCUGCACAAAAUGACCCCUAUGUCAUUCGUCGCGGCAUCUUGUAUCGCCUCAACCGACAAAUCUUGGAGGAAAACAGCAACAGACAGGAUUUGAUUUCCGUGCAGAGUGCCUUUAGUCAAUUUGAAUCUCACGUCGUGACGACGGUCCAAACUGCCCUGAAUGCCUUCAAUCAGUUCAUGAGCAACUCGGCAGAUCGCCAAAAGGCCAUGUACGGGGAUAUAGCCUCCACGGCCAGCAACAUCCCACUUGACUACGAGUGGAACGGUUUCAUGCAGAGAAACAAUCAUGUUCUGGUGAAUCCAAACGCACCGGCAAGGACGAUGGAUGGAGUUUCCUUCCCCAAUGAAAACCAUCGUUCCACAAAGCCACUUAUCGAAGGAUCUUUGGAACGGAAAUCACGUGGCAUGGCUGCAUUGAAGGGCUACAGUACAGGAUACUACGUGGUUUCCCCGGCGGGAUAUCUUCACGAGUACAAGGACAACGACAAUUUCCACAAAGAUCCCACACCGGAGAUUUCUCUCUACUUGCCUGACGCGAUCAUUGGCGCGGUCGAUGGUCCGAAAUUUACCAUCAAGGGAAAGGACACCUCCGGCAGCAAGCUGGGACAGAAAAUGGCCAUUUCGUCUGAGUUCCAGUUCAAAGCGCACACUCAUUCCGACGCCGAACAGUGGCGCUCCAUCGUCGCCAGCUUUGCCAAUUCUUCAAACAGCCUACCGACAAGCCCCGUCGAGAGUCGAAAUGUAACGCCCAUUGCCACCAGGAUGGAAGAACCCCAGCAGUCUGGUGUGACCAGUGGACCAAAGAGCGCGACGUCUCCUCAAAGUGCAGGCACUGUACCAGCGAGCGCGACAUCCCCUCAAGCGGGCAGCGCACAUCCUGUGGCAUCUCCUCCUUCGGCAACAACCACGUCCCCACAGUCGGCUGGUCCAUAUCAUGGCGCACCAGCUAGCAACGUAUUGGGAGACAGGAAGUUUGUUGAGAAGUGA